AUGACACAGCAAGAUGGCGGCCCCGGCCCCUCUUCGGCAGUCUCCCUGAACGGGGAUGUCAGCGAUGUGACGCAUUCCACGGCGUACGUGGUGCUGAACGAGCUCGUCGACGAGGGCCUAAUCUCCGAGGAGCGUGCCGAUUACUUGAAGCGAAAGUUCAAAGAACUGCACUCUCGCGUUCUCGCCAUCUACAGGCGUGACAACACACUUCUGAAGCACGCGCGACAGUUGAGGAGCCGGCUUGAAGUGGAGCGGCAGCGCAUUUACACCUUCUGCGACGCAGCUAAGAAGGAUGACGAGGUGAUUCAGGCCCUCAAGCGCAACUUAAUGGAGCACGAGCGUGAUCUCGCGGCUGCGCUGGAGCGCGACAGCGUUCUCCAGGUCGAGGUGCUCGAGUAUGAUCGACGUAAGCAGCACCUCAUCCUUGAGCGUGAGGACGCGAUUGCGGCGGAGGAGGCGCGGAUACGGCCCAAGAUGGAGUCUAUGCAGGCGGAGAUCACGGAGAUGGGCACCCACAUCAAAGAACUGGCCGCAGACUUGGCCAAGUGCCAAGCGGAGAAAGAGGAGCUCGUCAAGGAAGAGGCGCAAAAGGAAGAGGAGAUCGCGAACUUCGCGACCACCCUGGCACAGGCGAGGCAGCAGCUGCAGAACGUGCAGAACGACCCUGAGCGCGCGAAGAAGCAACUUGACCUCGUCCAGGGAAGCCUGGCCGGUGCCCAGCGCGAGCUCUCCAGCACUGAGGAGAAGGUCUCGGCGCUGGCAGAGCGCAUUCAGUCGAUGGAGCUGCAGCGCAACAGCCGCGCUGAGGACCACGAGGCUGCCAAGAAGCGCCUACAGACUCUACGUGCCGAGAUGGACGCGAAGCGAAAGACGCUCGCCACGAUGAACACGUCAUUGGAGGUGGAGGUGGAGACACGCCAGGCAACUCAGGAGCGCGUCGCCGAGCUCGAUCAGCUCGUGCUGACGACGAAGAUAGCACUCCAGCAAGAGCAGGAUGGUGUCGACCGCAUCGAGCGUGAGCGGGAAAAGUGCAUGCGCAUCUUCUCCGCCCUGGAGCGGGACACGGAGGGUUCGCGGCGCGAGGAGGAGUCUCUGAGGGAGCAGAUCGGCCUCCUGCACAGGGAGCUGGAGCAGGUGACGCGUGCCACGGCGCACGUGGAGAAGGAGAUCCAAGCCCACCGCAAGGAUGCGGAGGUUCGCACAAAGAAGCUGCUGGUUGAGCAGGCCAAGUCGAAGGAGUUCGUCAAGAAGGCGGAGCAGGUGCUCGCUGAGAUCCGUGAGGCUGAGGAGACGAUCGCUGUGAAGGCGAAGCAAGAGGACGUGAAGCGGCGCGAGCUGGCGGCGAUUGCGGUGAAACGGCAGGAGUUCAGCCGAGCGAGCGCGCGCGAGGAGACCCGCGUGUCUUUGGCGCAAUGCGAGCUGCAGAUGCGCGAGGUUUUGGUCAAGGAGGCGCAGCGGCGCCACAGCGAGCUGGAAAGGCGGCUUGGCAAGGCUAUCGAUUUGUUUCAAAGGGUGAAGCAGGAGCGGGCGCAGAAGGCCACGCAAAUCCAAGCGAUUGCGCAGGCCAUGGCCCAGGUGGCGGAGAAGACAAAGCUGCUCGAGAAGGAGCUGUCUGUGCUGAUGCGCGAGUCUGCCCUGAAGGACCAGGAGAUGGCGAAGGCCAAGUUCCAGUUGCACGAGCUGACGCACCUGUGCGCUAACCUGCGGCUGGAGAAGAACCGGCAACGCAAGCAGAUGGAGAAGGCCGCGGACAGUGAGCGGGAGGUGAAGGCGCAGGUGCGCCGCCUGAACACCGACAUUGCGGCGACCGAAGACACAAUGGCGGACCUGCGCCGCACCUAUGCAGCGGCGGUCGAGAACCGCAACCAGGCCGGCAUCCAACUUAUUGAUCGCAACGAUGAGACGGCGCUGCUCGCGGCCCGCAUCAAGGCCCAGGAAGCGGCUAUCGUCGAGGGUACCCGGAUGACGAAUGACCGCGCCAAUGAGGUGCGCACGCUCAAGACAAAGCUGGGAACCUUGCUGCACGACAUCGAGGCAUGCCAGCACUCCAUCCCGAAGGUAUCGCAGAUGGAACUGGAGUUGACGCGAGUGAGGGAGGAGAUCGAGGCGGAGCAGUGGCGCACGCAGGUGCUUGAGGAUGACAUAACAGACCCCAAGAACCCGCAUCGGUGGAACCGCGUUCCGCUCGUGCUCCCGGGCAGUGUCGCCUUACCGGCAGUCAGUGAGGCGCAAGCCACGGCGGCGGCAGCGGCAAUGUGCACCCAGGCGGAUAGUGCACCGGCAGCACUUAACGCCUCCUCGUCCCCUGGCGAUGCAGGACAUGCUGACAAAAGCGGCGGUGGUGCCCGUGCGGCGCCGGCGCCGGCACUGGUGGGCGGCCCUUCCGAACAGUACGUAUGCCUGCAGGCUCGCUGCCAGGAGUUGGAGGCGCGACUGCAGAAACUGAACGCCAAGCUGCGCGAGAAGAACCUUAUCCUCGAGGAGGUGACGGAGCUGGCGGAGCGCGUCGGCGAUCAGGCGGAUGCCGGUAAGGAAUGUACACUAGCUCUAGCGCAGCAAGUCAACAAGUAUCACAGCAGCAUCCGCAACAAGAGUCGCCAGAUGAUGGCAACCGUUGCAGAGCUGUCUCUCUUUCAGGCCUCGAGCAUUCAGCUUCAGCAGGAGGUGCAGCGCCUCGAGUCCGUCGUGGAGGAAGCCGAGGAGCGGUUGGAGGCCGGCGAGGCCCCGUACGCGGAAGCCGGACUGCAUUACGAGCGGGAGCGGCAGUGCCAGCAGCGCUACGUGGCCGCUCGCCAGCGGCAGCGCGACGCAGCUAAGGAGAGCGAGGCAUCUUUGGGGAUGCAGAUGAUCGCCACUACGGCGGUGCCCCGCCCCAACGCAUACGUACCGCAAGACGAUGACCUCGGCCUUCCGCGGCCGUACGGGCCGUUCGCGCCGUUUAAAUCGGCGUCGGCGCCCCGCGUGGCACUCAAUCCACCUCGUGCAGAGGCGUCGUUGCCGUCUGGAGCUCAAGGGCCCUCACCUGCGCCACGAUCUAUGGCAGCGGUGCGCGGUUCCUCAGUGCCCCUCUCGGCACCUUCGUCUCCGCCGGGAACUUCGGCCGGUGUAUUGUCCAAAGCCUGUGGCCCCUCCACACCGCCUCCGCUUCCAAGUGCGACGACGAUGAAUGCCACUGCCUUCAGUAGCUCUGUUCCGAAGCGACGGCAGUAA